UUUACCAAUCUGUGUAUUUGAUUCUUAAUAAAUUGCUUUACUUGACUAAUUUGUAUUUGUCCCUCUUUCCUGGAUAAAAGAACAAAAUCGACAUGUGCAACCCAAAUCAGUACAUUAACCAUCAGAUACUUUAAUACUUUUACUCAAAUCAUAUUGUAAGAGGAACUUUAACUUCUAUCAAAGUAAAUUUCUGGUAAGCACAAUGAAGUGUGCAGAACCCACAGAUCCUGCAGAACCCAGACCAGCUGGUACAGAACACAAACCAGAACCAGAAUCUGGAGCUGAUACAGAAAUAAACACUGGUGAGGAACUGAAAGCUGGUGCAGAACCAGAAGCUGAUGGAGAAGUGAAGCUUGGUGCAGAACCCGUGGUUGAUACUGGACCCAGAACUGGUGCAGAACACAAACCAGAACCAGAAUCUGGAGCUGAUACAGAAAUAAACACUGGUGAGGAACUGAAAGCUGGUGCAGAACCAGAAGCUGAUGGAGAAGUGAAGCUUGGUGCAGAACCCGUGGUUGAUACUGGACCCAGAACUGGUGCAGAACUGAACGUUCUGCCCGUGGACUCGAGUCAGAUUAAGCCGUACCUGCUAGAACUGAGGCUGAGGGCGAAGAGAGAACCUGGAAUUAAAUCCCACUCGGAUUUAUCCGAUAAUUUUCUGAUUCGGUUCCUGAGGGCCAGAGACUUUGACAUGGACUCGGCACUGAAGUUGCUGAUUAACUAUAAUAAGUGGAAACUGCAGAGCCCUGAAAUAAGCAGCAAUCUGCACCCGUCCUCCAUCAUGGGCCUCCUAAAAAACCAUUAUCACACCGUCUUGCCCUGCAGAGACGCCGGCGGGAGCCGAGUCCUGAUUUACCGCAUCAGUCAGUGGAAUCCGAAGGAAUUUACAGCAUAUGAAGUUUUUCGGGUCAGUCUGAUCACGUCCGAGCUGAUUGUUCAGGAAAGUGAGACUCAGAUAAACGGACUGAAAGCCAUUUUUGAUCUGCAGGGUUGGUGCUUCUCACACGCUCUCCAAAUUAACCCAUCUCUCGCUAAGAACAUCUCCUCAGUUCUCAUGGACUCGUUUCCGCUGAAGGUUCGUGGAAUUCACUUUAUUAACGAACCCAGAUUCUUCCAUUCAGUGUUCACCAUGAUCCGACCGUUCCUCCCAGAAAAGAUCAAACAGAGGCAGAUUCACUUUCAUGGCGGUUCAUACAUGGACAGUUUGGUGGAGUAUUUCCCGAGGGGGAUCUUACCGGUGGAGUUUGGAGGUUUGGGGCUGUGUAUGGACGAGCUGUGUGAGGAGUGGAUGCAGUUCAUCCUAAAAUCAGAAGAUUAUCUAAAAAACCUUUCUAUAAAAUCAGCAUCUUACUGCAGCUCUGCAUCCCAAUAAAUCUACCUACUUUAUUAUGAUUAUUAUUAUUGUUAUUGUUAUUGUUAUUAUUAUUAUUGUUAUUAUUAUUAUUAUAAGAGAUAAGGGGAUCAAAGUCGUGUUUGUUGUUUUUGGUAAAUGUAAAAUAUGAUUAUAAUUAUCUGUAGCAUUAAAAUGUAAAAUAUUAGUUGGCUUUUAAAGAAGAAUAAAACAAAUAUAUGUAAGCAGUUUUAUCAAAUGAGAAAA